CGUGUCCUCUCUCUCUCUCUCGGACUUCUAAAUCCCUCCAAGAGCUGGUGCUACUCUCUUUCCUAAAAACUUUCAGAUUCCGAUCGAGGAGAAGGUUAUAGUCUCAGCUCUCAUUAGAGAAACUGGAAAACACCAGGAGAUAGCAAAGUUGCAUGUUCUUUGUGUCGAGUAAAUCCGGUUGAUUGAAAAGCUUAAUAUCUGUCCCAGAUUCGGAACAUUUAUUCGCCAUCCCUUUCCGGUAAAACCUUUUGUUGCAGCCUCCUCUUUUCUUUUCUAGCUUUGAAACUUUUCCAGAAAUUUCUACCUUUUCCUUUCAACUAGUAUUACUGAUUGUUCGUCUCUCAGUCUCUACCUCCCCUUCCAUGCCGUACUCUCGGCUUUACGUUCUCACUAUUCCCACAUUUCUUUCUCUCUCUCACUCCAACUGAGUCACGCUCACACUCUUUUUCUUCGCUCCUUUAUUUGUGCAACUUUCCUUGAAAUUUCUCGUCCCCUAAUAAGCUUUUUGAAGGAGUAUUAAAAUCCAUUAAUGGUAGAUUUUUCACCGUUUCAGGCUUCUCUUUGACGUGUUCUCUCUCUGCCCCCUACUUUCCUUUAUAUCCUUCUCUUUAUUCUUCUCUCGUGUCUACUACUACUCUCAAAGGAAUCUAAAAAACCCACUUUUUUGCCCUUCCCUAUUUCACUCUUCGCUUGGCAAGCUCGCUCACUCACUCACUUCGCUUUCAAUGCUCUUCUUUCGAAGAAUCUGAUCAGCAAUUCCUCUCAAUCAUGAACCGGCACGGUGCUAAAGUUAUUUCUCCUGUCAAGUACACAGAACACCGCAACAUCACGAGGCUCCUCGGACCAUUGCCGGAGGAGAUGAAACGCAGAGUUAUACGGAUAUCUGUCACCGAUGGUGAUGCAACUGACUCGUCCAGCGACGAAGAAGGUGGAGAAGAGGUGUUCUUUAGGCGCCAAAGGGUCCGGAAGUUCAUCAACGAGAUCACUGUCGAGUCCUGCUCGACCAAAAACGACAGCGUUUUGAGGUCGGUGAGAACUGCUGCACGAAAGAAGGUUGCCCGGGUUUCUGCUAGUCACCGAGCGUUGAAGGUACCGGCGGCGAGGAAAUUUCGGGGCGUGCGCCAAAGGCCCUGGGGGAAAUGGGCUGCGGAGAUUAGAGACCCUCUGCGACGUGUGCGGUUGUGGUUAGGUACCUAUGACACGGCCGAGGAAGCGGCUAUGGUGUAUGACAACGCGGCUAUUCAGCUGCGUGGGCCUGACGCGCUCACCAACUUUGUUACUCCACCGGCGAAAUGUCCGCCGGAAAAAAAUCCGAUAAACUGCUCAGGCUACAACUCCGGCGAAGAGUCCCACAACCACCACGUCUGCUCUCCUACCUCUGUGUUACGGUGUCCUUCACCUUCCAAUGAAGAAAUCGAAUCACCGAGUUUGGAUACGACUAAAGAAAUCGUUGAAGUUCAAGAUGCACGAGAUGAAUCUUGUGUAUCGGAAAACUUUUCAGAUUUUUCAGAAUAUUCAACUUUCGAUUCGUUAAUACCGGCAGAUAUAUUUAAUUUUGGAAACUCAGUAUCGGAUCUUUUUGAAGGGACAAGCCUGAAGGAGAGCGUUUUUGAAGAAGAUUUCGGCGAUAUGCUGCUUAGUUCUUGUGAGAAUCUUGGCUUGAGCUUCUCAAAAUGGCCUGUAGAUGAUUAUUUUCAAGAUAUCGGCGAUAUAUUUGGGUCAGAUCCUGUUGUAGCUCUCUGACUCAUGCUCAACUUUUGUUCCCAGAACGACGAGUCCCCCGCAUUGCCCAAAAACAAUCGGCAAAUUUUGUAUCGGUGGAAGCGAAAUAUCGGCAUUUUUGUUUUCCUAGUUUUGAUGGUGUUUCCUAGCGUUGUAUUUUUGUUGAUGACAUGUGGUUUAAUAUUAUUUAUUUAUUUAUAUAUAAAUAUUUCCGCUACAACAACGGUGACGGUCCGAGUUUGGCUACGUGUUCUGAGGUUG